AUGAUUCACCGUAUCUCUUCAGCUGAAGAAUAUGCAAAUGUAAAGAAGGAGGCAGGCAAUUAUCUUGGUCUGGUAGUACAUUUUAGCGCAGUUUGGUGUGAACCUUGUAAGGAAGUAAAUAAAGCUCUUGAGAGUUAUAUUCCACAAUAUAAGGAUACUAUUUUAUUCGCUGAAGUUGAUGGCACAAAACUUCCCGAAUUAUGUGAGACUGAGGGUGUGGAAUGUGUGCCGUUUAUUGCAUUUUUCAGAACCUCCCCAAAAGAUAAAGGACAAGAGAGGGUGGCAGAAGUUGUUGGUGGUAAACUUGAUCAGAUAGAAAUGAAUAUAAUAUCAUUAUAUGGAAAUGGAAACGAUAGUCGAGAUAAAUUUUCUGAUCUUCAAAGUUAUCUACAAUAUCUAACAACGCGAAAAGGUGUCGUUGCAUUUAUUACAGGUACACCUUCAAGACCUCGUUGUGGGUUUACAGGUAAACUUGUUGAAAUGUUUAAUGAAAUUGGAGUGAAAUUUAUUUACUACGAUGUUUGGGCAAGUGAUGAGGUUUGUGAAGGUUUAAAGAAGUUUUCUGAGUGGCCCACGUUUCCACAGAUUUAUGUCGAUGGUGAACUUAUUGGCGGAUAUGAUAUUUGCCAACAAUUAAAAGAAUCAGGGGAAUUGAAAAAAACAUUAAAAUAUUAA